CACAAACAAAUCGACAAAAGAUCACGUCUGUCACCACUGAUUGAUAUAUAUAUAUAUAUAUAUUCUCAGGGAAGGUUUGCUUCAAUUAAUCUUUAAUUUCUAUCCAUCAAGAGGCUUGGUUUGGAAUUUGCGGAACCAUAUAUAAAAUAUGCAUAUCCAGUUCUUAUCCAACAUCUCUCAGGCCUGCUAGUUCCUAAUCAAAAAACCCUAAUAAAGUCUUUUUGAUUUCUUUCCAAAGACGACCAAAAUGCCAAUACCAGAACCGGUGUCAAAGCUAUCCAUUUCAUCGCCAGUUCGUAUAUUUUUAAUUGUAAUUCCUCUUCUUUUAGAGGUUUCCUCAGUAGUGUCUGGUGCAAAACUUCUGAAGUUUCUUCCGGGCUUCCAGGGACCUCUUCCUUUUCAACUUGAAACAGGGUAUGUGGGUGUGGAUGAGGCAGAGGAUGUGCAGCUUUUUUACUACUUUGUCAGGUCGGAGAGGAAUCCCGAUAAGGACCCUCUCUUGCUUUGGCUCACUGGGGGUCCUGGAUGCUCUGCCUGGAGUGGUCUUGUUUUUGAAAUUGGUCCUCUAAAUUAUAAGGUAGAGCAGUAUAAUGGAAGCCUACCUACGUUGUUCUUAAAUCCCCACUCAUGGACAAAGGUGUCCAAUAUAAUAUUUCUAGACUCACCGGUUGGCACUGGAUUUUCCUACGGCAAAACCACAGAGGCUUUUCGGUCCAGUGACCUGAGCCAAACACAUCAUGCCCACCUAUUCUUAAGGAAGUGGUUGAUUGAUCAUCCAGAAUUCAUUUCAAAUCCAUUCUAUGUGGCUGGGGACUCAUACUCUGGCAUUACUGUCCCUGUUCUUACUCAACAAAUCGAUAAAGGAAACGAAGAAGGCAUUAAACCAUUGAUAAAUCUUCAGGGGUACUUAAUUGGAAACCCAGUAACAGGUUCUGAUGGCAACUUUGCAAUUCCAUUUGCUCACGGCAUGGGACUCAUUUCUGACGAACUCUAUCAGUCGUUGAAGGAAAAUUGCCGAGGAGAGUAUAUAGAUAUAGAUCCCAGCAAUGCAGCGUGUUUGAAAGAUGUUGAGGCUUAUGAUAAUUGUACGGACGGACUGUAUGAAAACUAUAUUUUGGAACCUUUGUGCAAGUUUGCUUCCCCAAAGCCACAAAAAAUGGUUGGCACUGAAAGAAGAUCAAGAACUCUGUAUAUGAAGUCUCAUCAAGAAGAGUUGCUUAUUUCAGAAUCCGAAAUUCCAGCUCUGGGCUGUCGUUCAUAUGGAUAUAUGCUUUCUCGUUAUUGGGCCAAUGAUCCAAACGUCCGCACAGCCCUUGGCAUAAAGCCGGGAAGUAUAGGGGAGUGGCAGCGAUGCAACUAUGAUUUGCCAUACGACGAGAACGUUCAUAACAGUGUCGAGUAUCACGCAAUUCUCAGUAAUAAAGGCUACCGCUCUUUAAUAUACAGUGGAGAUCAUGACUUGAUUGUUCCAUUUCUGUCAACUCAAGCAUGGAUAAGAUCUUUGAACUAUUCAAUUGUUGAUGACUGGAGGCCAUGGGUUGUCAAUGGCCAAGUUGGUGGUUACACGAGGACUUAUUCAAAUCGAAUGACAUUUGCUACUGUCAAAGGAGGAGGACACACAGCUCCAGAAUACAAACCUGAAGAAUGUUUUGCUAUGUUCCAAAGGUGGAUAGAUUUUGAAGCUGUGUAAAAAUCUCUCCUUCCAUAAGUCGAUUGGAUGCAGAAUAUGAACAGAUUCUUUAUGCAUUAACUGUCGUGUAUAAUGAUUCCAGUUAAUUUGCGCCCCCCACCUCUUUUUUUUUUUAAUAAUUUAAUAAUCUUUUUGUAUAAAUUAUUUGUCAUUUAUAAAAAAGUAGACAAUAAUAGAAGAGGGUAUUGGAGCAA